AUGGCGACGGGGUCAGCGAGAUACCUCCGUUAUAUUCUGUUUGCCGCAUUCGGCAUCGCCAUCCUCUAUCUCAUCUCCACUUCAUCGUUACCCUCCUAUGCACAGCCUCUCACCUCGGGAGGUAAAUUCUCCUGGGACUCGCCAAAGAAUGAAAAGCCCUCUUCCAACCCGAAUGAUAUAUCAGACGCCUUCUCCGCUCCGAAGAAAUCAUCUGCAACCUCCGAAGAAACAAAACCGUUGCAAUCCAUCACACCUAACAUCAAUCCUUCCGCCAUAUUCGAACUGUCCCCACCUGCGCCUGGGGAACGUGUGAAUGCUACGUUUGUAACGCUGGCAAGAAACUCGGAUAUCUGGGAGAUCGCUCGUUCCAUUCGACAAGUGGAGGAUCGAUUCAAUAGAAACUACAAUUACGAUUGGGUAUUUCUCAACGACAAACCCUUCGAUGAUCAGUUCAAGAAGAUCACCACGUCCUUGGUGUCCGGAACGACACAUUAUGGUGAAAUCCCCACCGAGCACUGGUCUUUUCCCCCAUGGAUCGAUCAGAAGAAAGCCGAGGCUGUUCGGGAAGAUAUGCGUCGCAGGAAGAUCAUUUAUGGCGACUCUAUCAGUUACCGCCAUAUGUGUCGAUUCGAAUCCGGCUUCUUCUUCCGUCACCCACUGAUGCAGCAGUUUGAGUACUACUGGCGAGUCGAACCAAGCGUGGAACUGUUCUGCGACAUUCAUUAUGACCCAUUCCGCUUCAUGAAGGACAACAAGAAGAAGUACAGCUUCGUGCUCAGCUUGUACGAAUAUGUCGAAACGAUUCCCACUCUCUGGGACAGCGUCAAAAAGUUUAUCAAGGCACAUCCGGAGCAUAUCGCACCCGACAACUCCAUGGCCUUCCUGAGUGAUGACGGUGGUGAGACGUACAAUAAGUGCCACUUUUGGUCCAACUUCGAAAUCGGUAACCUUGAUUGGCUCCGAUCCCAAGCCUACAUCGACUUCUUCGAAUCCCUUGACAAGGAUGGCGGCUUCUUCUAUGAACGUUGGGGAGAUGCUCCCGUACACUCUAUCGCCGCGGCUCUUCUCCUCCCCAAAGAUGACAUACAUUUCUUCAACGACAUUGCUUACUACCAUGUGCCUUUUACUCACUGCCCGACUGGGGAAGACGUUCGACUGAAACUCCGAUGUCACUGCAACCCCGCCGACAACUUUGAUUGGAAAGGCUACAGUUGCACAUCGCGAUACUUUGACCUGAACAAAAUCGCCAAACCUGAGGGUUGGAUGGAUCAAGUAUGA